AUGAGCACUACGGAUCAGUCCUCCACGGUGCCUGUCCCGGCUGAACCGGCGAUGGAUUACCACUUCAAGUACACGGUGCAGAAGGGCAUUUUCAUGCAGAGCGAAGAUGAGACUGAUGACAAGAGUUUCGACUUUAAGACGCAAAACUUUGGUCUCAUCGACCGUUCCUACCCGGGAGAAGAUGGUAGUGAAGAGAAGCAGUGGACGCGUCUUGAGAAAUACGUAGCUAGUCUGGAAGCAGCGAAGAAAGAGGGUGAGAGCUACAAAGUCCUCUUCCUGGGUCGCCAUGGUCAGGGUUGGCAUAAUGUUGCAGAGACGAAGUAUGGGACAAAAGCUUGGAAUUGCUACUACGCCGCCCUCGACGGCUACGACGGCAUUACCUGGGCGGAUGCAAACCUCACCACUAUAGGCCAAGACCAAGCCCUCGCCGUGAACAAGCUAUGGGCCGAACAACUACCCCUCGGCAUUCCGCCCCCACAAACAUACUACGUCUCGCCCUUGACUCGCACAAUCGAAACAGCAAACCUGAGCUUCAAAUCCCUCCCCCUCCCAUCAUCCCGCCCCUACGCCCCCUUCAUCAAAGAGCUCGUCCGCGAAGCCCUCGGCGUACACACAUGCGACCGCCGCAGCACAGCCUCGCACAUCAAAGCCACCUUCACGGACCCACCUCUCACCUUUGAACCCGGCUUCUCAAACGAGGAUCCCCUCUGGGAAGCUGGAUACCGGGAACCGCGGUCUGCAAGACGGUAUCGUCUAGCCACCUUCCUGGACAAUGUUUUCGCUUCCGAUGACAAUGUGUGGUUGAGUUUUACUAGCCACUCCGGGGCGAUUGGCAGUAUGCUUGAGGUGCUUGAGCAUAGGGCGUUUGCGCUUGAAACGGGCGGUGUUAUACCGGUUUUUGUCAAGGCAGAGAGGGUGCAUGGGAAGAGGGAGGUGCCGCCGAAAGAGCCUAGUGCUUCGCCCCCGCAGUGCGACGGACCGCCUGAGUGA